AUGUAUACUGUUUCAAUCGAUGGAUUACCAUUACAUAUUAUUGAACUUGAUCAAACACCUGUAGUGCCAUAUACAGUAUCUUCCUUUAUGAUAAACGUUGCUCAGCGCGUUUCUUUCUACGUGAAUUUGAAGGAAUUUAAUGCAAGUUAUGUACCUCCUGAUGUGCCACCGACAAAAUCACUCUAUAUUCGAUUUAAAGCUAAUCCAAAUAUGUAUCCAGUUGAUAUUAGUAGCUAUAUUGUUCCAUAUGCAACUCCACAUCUUCCAUAUCCGAUAUUUUUUAAUCCAUUAUACCUGGCUAUUUUAUCACUCAAUUCAAGUAAUUCCUUGCCUACAUAUCCAGUCAAUUCAGCAAUUUCAGGAUCAAGUAAUCCAGAUUUAGCAGAUCAACUAGAUGCCAAUAUCUUGGAUGCUCGACCAUUCAAUCAAGCAAGCAAUAUAGUUCCCAAUGCAACGCAUUAUAUAAAUCUUGUCAUCACAUUUCACCCGGAUUCCAAUAACAUCACUCGUGGAUAUUUUAACAAUGUCACGUAUGGUUCUGAUGUGAUUAAUGUUAGCAAUAAAUCGGUGUCUAAGCACUGGAUAACAUCGGAAAAAAUGACACCGUUACUCUAUCAGAUGGCAACAAACCCUAGUGCUCUUAGCAUUUUAUCUCCAAUCAUGGAAAACAAUAGUUCAUUACCAGUUUUGCAAAGUGACGGAAAUUUGCACUACUUAGUUCCAUAUCAAGCCGUCGUCGACAUACUUUUGGAGAACAAAGAUAAGGGUGAACAUCCAUUUCAUUUGCAUGGUCAUAGCUUUUGGAUCAUAUCAAGUUCAGAUAAUCCUCAAGCCGAACAAUUGUAUAGUGGAGCAUAUAUACAACGAGAUGUGGUCAGCGUACCAGGUUCAGGCUGGGCCAAGAUACGAUUUUUAGCCAAUAAUCCAGGUGCUUGGCUCUUCCAUUGUCAUAUUGAGUGGCACUUCGAUGCAGGGCUCACACUAGUUUUUCUAGCUGGCCCUAACGAAUUGGUAGCACAAGGCUACAAGAUUCCAGCCCAGCAGAAGUGUUUUUCCAAUCAUACUAAUGACUCGCCACGUUAA